AUGACAGAGUCUGACUGGGAGGGUUUAGUUGUAAGUAGUCACACGUUGAACUUGAAGUGGAUCCAAGAGUCUAAGACAAUGCCCCCCAAACUAGAUACCACCGGCCUGCAAAUAAAAAAGAAUACUGUCCUCGUGUCACAUGGGCGCCCUCCGUGGUACGAUGAAGCUGGGAAUCGUAUUUCCGACGCGUUUGUGGUCGGAAUAGCUGGCGGCUCUGGCAGUGGCAAGACACAUGUUGCGCGUCAAAUCGUUCGCUCUUUAGGCUCCAUACCCUCAGUUAUAAUCCUCAGUCAAGAUUCAUUCUAUAAGAAGCACACUCCAGAGGAGCUCGCAAUCGCCCAUGCAAAUCUUUUCGACUUUGACCAUCCUAACUCAAUUGACAUGGACCUCUUUUCCGCGUGUCUUAAAGAUUUGAAAGAGUGCAAGCAGUCAAAUAUUCCGGUCUAUUCUUUCACGACACAUCAGCGGGAAGAGGAGGGCAAAUACCUAUAUGGGGCCGCUAUCAUCAUCACGGAAGGCAUAAUGGCCCUGCAAGACUCUAAACUACGUGACUUGUACGAUCUCAAGUUAUUCGUUCAAUGCGACUCAGACUUAAUGCUGGCACGCAGACUCAAGCGUGAUGUUGCUGAGCGCGGGCGUAGUGUAGACGGAAUACUGGAGCAAUACUUGCGCUUCGUCAAGCCAGCCUACGACAACUAUGUCCUUCCUUCUCAGCGACAUGCUGAUAUCAUAGUUCCUGGCUCCAAUAACCAAGUCGCGAUCGAACUUAUAUGCACCCAUAUUCAGCGCAAAUUGCAUGAGCGAGCGAAUCACUUCCGUCCCAAAAUGGCUAUUCCACACUUAUAUCAGAGUCCUUCCGGGAAAAAAUUUCCGGAAUCCACUCUUGAAGAGCUUCAAUUGACGGUGAUGCCAAAGACACGACAACUUGAGGGUAUUUUCACUAUCCUUCGUUCCAAAACAAGCAGUCGACAAGACUUUAUCUUUUUUGUGGAUCGCCUAUCGACUAUUCUCGUCGAGCACGCCCUACAAUUUCUACCCUACGCCGAUAAAUCAGUGAUAACUCCUACUGAAGCGUCAUUUGCGGGCACGACCAUGAGUGCAAAGCACGUUUGUGGGGUGUCAAUUCUACGAUCUGGUGGCGCGCUGGAACGAGGUUUCAGACGCGUGUUCAACAAUGUUCCCAUGGGCUCCUUGCUUGUUCAAUCUCAUGGAGAGCACGGUGAACCUUUGAUGCUUCAUGUUAUGCUCCCUGUUUGCGUCAGACAGCGGCAUCUAGCUGAAGAAGCCUUUGUCUUCCUGUUAGACGCGCAAAUUGGUACUGGCGCUGCUGCUUUUAUGGCCAUCAGAGUUUUGCUGGACCAUGGUGUUAAGCAAGAACACAUUAUAUUCGUCACCUUCCUUGUCGCCCGAGGUGGCGGGAUCUCCAUCUUACGGCGCGCUUUCCCUCGAAUCAAGAUUGUAACAGGCGGUGUGGACGAUGCGAUGCAAGAAGGAUGGCUUGACAGCUACCAAGGGCAAGAUGGCAGGCAAGUUUGGGCUAUGCUUCCGGGGUUGGGACAAAUAGGCGAUCGCUAUUAUCUGUGA